AUGCCAUACUUGGUUCUCCACAGCCCACCACUCGCGUCCUUCCCAUGUCACCUUGCAUCAUCAAGGUUCCCAAUCCAGACCCACAAACCAGCGGCCUGGAUCCACCCAAGAAAUAAUCAUGCGGCUCUGCUCCGCGGCAUUAGGUGCAUGGCGAAGCCGCGCAGAGUGGCAAUGGUGGCUAAGCAGAUACAGAGGGAGCUCUCUGACAUGCUCUUAACAGAUAAGGUGUUGCAAUACGCUAUUUUGCCCGAGGUUUCUUUGGGUGCCGACCGUUAUCUCUCUUCUUUAACCACAAUUAGUGAUGUUGAGGUCUCUACCGACUUGCAGGUGGUUAAAGUAUUUGUAUCUGUCUUUGGUGAUGAAAGAGGGAAGGAGGUUGCCCUUGCCGGGCUAAAGUCAAAAGCAAAGUACGUCCGUGGUGAAUUGGGAAGGCGUAUGAAACUGCGGUUGACUCCUGAGAUACGCUUCAUAGAAGAUGAAUCGUUAGAGAGAGGAAGCAGGGUGAUUGCAAUAUUAGAUCGGAUAAAGAAUGAGAAGAAAAUUGGAGAAAUUCAAGAUGAGUACCAAUUGGAAUCAUCCGACACCCCUCAGGAUGAUAAAGAUUGGGAGGAUGAUGACCCAGAUGAAGACAUUAUAUACGUGAAGUAGUUUGCCCCCUCCUUGCAUUAGGGUUCUUCAAAUUGAGGCAUGAAUAUACUUGUCCCCAGGCUAGUACGAUCUGAGCCACAGCGCUAACCUGGAGAGCAACUCUUCCCACCUGAGCCAUCAUCUGAAUUUCAAGCUUCAACCAUGUGACACCUUGUAAAAUUACCUCAAAUAUUUUUGUGCUUUUCCUCGAGUGUUAAAAUUAUUUUCCUUUUGUUUUGGUUAGUCUAUGUAGGCUUCUGUGACUUGAGUGCUAGAUAGUUGACGAGUUCCCAAAAAUGAAUACACAAGAUGUGAAGGGAUUGUCAUUCUGUAGGCCUUGAGAUUUCCUUUUGUUUUUGUUGUAAUAGUAUUAUCAUUUAGCUG